UUCGAAAUAAGAAGAAGAGAAAAAAGCUCAUGUAUUAUAAAUGGGAGGAGGGCAACAAAAUCAAAACUAGCACACAAAGAAAACACAAUCGGAGGCCAAAGCACAGCGCUAAAGAAAUGGGCCAAUUAAAACGAAGCUCACGGAUCGAUGACGUGGCAUUAAAAUUCAAAUCCCGCCUAAACCCCGGAUUUCAUUUCACUCGCAAUUGAAUUUCAAUUUCCUCAACUUAUUAUCUCCGCCUUUCGGCGACCUUUCACAUCCCGCAUCUCUCUCUCUCUCUCUAUUUCUCUAUUUUUCUUUCCUUUCGGCGUCCAAACCCUAACCCUAGCGUUACAGACUAAAGCGGAUUCGCCAUGAAAGGAGGCCGAUCCAAGUCCGAUACAAAGAAAGCUGAUGCCAAGCUUUCUGUGAAGAAAGGGGCUGCUGCUACGAAGGCAGGAAAGAAAACAAAGAAGGAAAAGCCAGUAAAGGACCCUAACAAGCCUAAGAGGCCAGCCAGUGCCUUUUUCGUUUUCAUGGAAGAGUUUAGGAAGCAGUACAAGGAGAAGCACCCUUCCAAUAAAUCGGUCUCUGUGGUUGGCAAAGCUGGUGGGGAUAAAUGGAAGUCUAUGUCUGAAGCCGAGAAGGCUCCCUAUGUAGCGAAAGCAGAAAAGCGGAAAGUAGAAUACGAGAAGAACAUGAAAGCCUAUAACAAAAAACAGGCUGAAGGUACCAAAGUAGUAGAGGAGGAGGAUGAGUCUGAAAAAUCCCUCUCCGAGGUGAAUGAUCAGGAGGAUGACGAAGAUGGCAGUGAAGAGGAGGAAGAUGAUGAGUAAAAUUUGCUGACGAGGGCAGUGUGCGUGCAGAUGCAUUGGCCAUCAAAAUGUUUGAUCAUCUCAUGUUUAGUCUCUCGGAACAGAAAUAUGGCACAAUGAUUGAUCAUUUCUUUUAAAUGUUUUUCCUUUUUUUGGAUGAAAUAUAUAUCCUCCAGCUCCACUGUAUUUCAUCUUGUUUUGCUCCUUAAGAAGAUGAAUAGUGAACGAAGAAAAAUCUGCUCUAUUUGUACUUUGCUCUCAGAUUUUAGUGAUUUAGCAAGGGGUUUCUUUUGUAGA